AUGUAUCGUUGUUACUUAAAGCUGCUUCAGCAAAAAGGAUCGUAUUAUAUAUCGUGGAAUAUCUUAUUCCUUUGGGGAUUUGGAUUAUGGAUAGCUCUAUGCACAAGUAAUGUAUAUCAUUCAAUCGUUUCAAAGCAGCAAGAUUCAGAUUUCGAAGUUUUGCAUAAUAUUUCGACAGAAACGGAGACUAUAAAGGAAAUGUUAUACAUUACGAAAACAAACCACACUUUUUGUAACGUGAUAAUAAUGUUAAAAACUGUGCUGCAAUAUAUUUAUGCCUUUGUAUCUAUAUCUUUUGUGAUAUUUUUCGCAUGUUCGCACGGAUCCUUUAUGAAAGUGAUAAAAAUAUGCAAUAACACGAUAUGCAACUUUUAUUUCACAACUUUCGUAAAAAGUAAGAAAAAUAUUUAUAAUAAAGAUGACUCGAAUGAAAAGAACUCUGCCGUGUUAAAAUUAAUACCAAAUUCUACGACUAGUACAAAAUAUGUACAAACAGAAUUCAGUUGCGAUGAUGAAGAUAAAUGGACUUUGAUAAGGAACAGAAAUAAAAAUAUAUUGGAUACAGAUAUGAAUAUUAUUCAAAGUGAAAUUAUUUUUACUAGUCGUACAUUGUUAUUUUUCAAUAACUGUGAACUUUAUCGAUACUUCAACGAUCAUCGAUUAAAAAAUCAUCUGUUGACGAAAUAUUUCGCACGCCAAGAUUCCGUGUAUGUAGAAAACAAUUUGAAAACUUCGAAUGAGUAUGAAAAGAAUGAUAGAAUUCUACCAAAAAAAUUCAUAAAAAGAGGUAUCGUUAGUUCUUCUCCGGAAUUUAAAAAAUUCCUAGCAAAUCUUAAAAAAUCUGAACUUUUUUAUCCAUGCAUGUUAGAAGUGUCGGCGAGUUAUGUGAUUCGUAUAAAAUCAACUUGCAAAUCAUCACGAUUAAACGACUAA